AUGGCUUGGAGGGGCUCACAACUGCUAUUGACCCCUGUGCUGCUGCUGCUGCACCUGGCCUCAGGUGUCUGGGGGUCGACGGUUGUUUCUGAGGAACUUCACAAAACGGUAGGACAGAACCUCUAUGUGAAGUGCCAGUACAAGCCUGAGGCGGGGCCUUACGUGCCGAAAUCGUGGUGUCAUCAGAUAUCUUCAGAUAGAUGUAAGAGAGUGGUCACAACCUCCCAGACUCGGAGGGCCGAAACAGAAUCACAGCAUGCAAUCUGGGACUAUCCUGAAGACGGCCACUUCAUCAUCACCAUCACUCGGCUCACAGAGAAGAACUCAGCAAUCUACUGGUGUGGACUAUUUAAUGUUUCCCACAAUAAAAUCAGAGUUCUCCGAAACAUCAGCCUGGUGGUGUCUCCAGCGGUGCCCACUCUUCCUCCACGGACCAGCGCUGGGCUCCGAACAAGGAUAGUUCUCACGGCUUCUCCGGAGGAAACCACUGGCUCUUUCACCCAUGGCUGUCAGCACAGAAACCAGAGUUCUCCUUCCUCUGCUGGUGGGGUGUCCCCAAGGCUUCUGGUCUUCGUGCUGUGUGGACUCCUCCUGCUCAAGGGCCUGAUGCUGUCAGUUCUCUGCGUGGUCCUUUCCUGGAGGAGCUGCCAGGGGCGUGAGUAUGCGGCAGAGACAGGGACAAUGGAGAUUACGGACUAUGCCAGCCUUCCUGACAUCUCGGAGUCCUUGGGCGCACGUAGCCACAUCUCAGGGUAUGAGAAGAAUGCUUAUUCUCUUAACGCUGCGCAGUGA